ACCAGUAGCAGCAGCAGCCCUGUCCUGGAUCAGUGGAGAUGGGCUGAGGCAGAGACCCGACAACACCGAGUCCAACACCCGCUGACUUCAGCAUCUACAGGAGGGAACACUCGGGAGUUCUUCCCGUUCCCGCUUUACCCCUCCUCUCCUCCACACUCCCGGCCCCCGCAGGCCAGGGAAUGUCCCGGCAGCGAGAUGCCUUACACGGACCGACAGAACCGCACCUGUGGCUUCCUGGACAUCGAAGAGAACGAGAGCAGUGGCAAGUUCCUGCGGCGCUACUUCAUACUGGACACGCAGCAGGGGAGCUUGGUGUGGUUCAUGGACAACCCUCAGAACCUGCCUGUUGGCACAGACUGUGUUGGCUCCCUUAAACUCACCUACAUCUCAAAGGUCAGCGAUGCCACUAAGCUGAGGCCUAAGGCAGAAUUCUGCUUCGUCAUCAAUGCUGGGAUGAGGAAGUUCUUCCUGCAGGCCAACGACCAGCAGGACCUUGUGGACUGGGUUGACGCUCUCAAUAAAGCCACCAAAAUCACUGUGCCAAAGUUAUCCGAUGGGCAGCAGAAUGCAGAGAACCUCAAGUCUUUGCCGGAUGUCGUAGGACCCAAGAAACAAGUCUCCUAUCGGACAGAGAUCAUUGCGGGAGUCCCCAUCGUCACCCAGACGCAGCAUGACGGAGGCGACGGUGCGGACAAAGCGGAGCGUGAGGCCAUGCAUCGCUCUCACAGCCAGCUGCCGUACUUCCUGGGCAGGCCGACCCAGGAGCAUACCGUCAUAAAGUCAGGCUACUGCGUCAAGCAGGGAGCUGUGAUGCGGAACUGGAAAAGGCGGUAUUUCCUCCUGGAGGAGAACUCGAUGAGUUACUUCAAGUCAGAUUUGGAGAAAGAACCUCUCCGAAUGAUCCCCCUGAAGGAAGUUCACAAAGUCCAGGAGUGCAAACAGAGCGAUAUUAUGAUGAGAGAUAAUCUGUUUGAAGUCGUCACGACAUCAAGGACGUUUUACAUACAGGCGGACAGCCCAGAGGACAUGCACAGCUGGAUCAAGGCUGUUUCCGGGGCCAUCGUGGCCCAGCGGGGGCCCGGGAGGUCUGCUGCUACAAUGCGGCAGGCCAGACGGCUGUCGAACCCCUGUAUACAGAGGUAUACGUCUCGAAUCGGGGAGUGCAGCAGCACUCUGCUGCAGCUGUGUACCUGUCUUAGAUGUGUGACAUCCUGCUUGUCUCUCCUCCUCCCUCCUGUUCGCUGCCUGAGCACGGCCGUUCCACUUUCUACCGUAGCCCCGCGGGCCCCCCCGUCCCUCGCUCGCCCAUAUCUGCCAUGCCACCAUGCUACCCAGAGUGGGGGGCUGCUGUCCCGUGCGGCCCACGCCCGCAGCCUGGCGUGGGACAGCGAGCACUUCAUGAGUCUGCUGCCACGGCCCAGUCACAGCCACACGCCAGCACGCCUGUCCCUGCAGGAGACGCGCCUGGCAAAGUGACCCUCCAACCGCCUGUGACCACCAUCAGCGACCCCGAGGAGUCACCGUGGCGACGGCGGAGCAGCUUUGAGCCCAACAUGCCUGAACCGCCCCUGGACCUGGACGAUGCCGACCUCCCGGUGAGCGAGGUCUGAGAUGCUGAACUGGACAUUUUGAAACUUGCUUUUCUGGUUGGACGCUGACAGAUUGAAAAAGGGUGAAACAGGUAAUGAAAAAUGGGAAGACAUUACGAACUUGUCACAAACAUUCUCUUUCAGUGGGAAAGUGCAAGAAGUUGGGUCACCACUGAACCGCACUCACGUGCCAAAGACGACCCAGUUUCACCCCCUCCCCCUUCCUGCUGUCACAUUUACAAUGGUGUAUUUAUUUACUACAAGAGGAUGUUGUCAAACCAAACCACACAUUCUAGUUAUUCAAUGACAGAGCCUCAUUUUUAACCUGUACAGGUGGAAUGAUGUGACAAGAGGAUUUUUGUAAACCACUUUGUGCCAAGAAAAUACUGGAAAUGUCCUGGUUGCAAACUAUUUCCUGUAUCCUAGAGAGAAAAAGUGUUCAAACUGAGGAAUGAAUUUCCUUCAGCACUCUUAUAUACCAAUUUAAAGUGUGCAAUCCAUUCAUACACUCCCAUUGUAACCCUGGAUUUUCACUCCUAUUGCAAUUUCAACAAUUUUGGACACUUGGGCCUUUUUGGAGGAUAUUGGAAGACUAAUGUCCUGCAGCCACAUUCAUUCAGAGUGUAAUUACGAAGAUCAAGUAGCUCACAUAUAAAUCUAGUUUAUCAGUUAUUGGUCAUAAAGUCAGAGUACUGUGCUGAAGCUAAACAGUACAUGCCUCACUUCAGAUCAGAACCAGCAUCUUUUGCAAGCUUUAUUCAAGCAUACCAGACUUUGUGAAGCUCGGUGACGUGGGAGGCAAACAAGACAUACAAGGAGUACGCAGCAAUGUGAGCAUUUUGUAAUUCUCAUAGUAAUAAAAACUCCCCAACGAUAGGGCUCUGUCAGACAUAGAUAAGGUUCCGUACAGAUAAUAACUGUGCCACAUAACUAAACCUGCAGUCCGUUGUUUGAGGAUUAGCAUACUGUAUAAACACCAUGCAAACUUUUUGGAUUAUAGUUUAACAGAAAAAAGCCUUUAAGCUCAGACCCCUCUGUUGCAUGUUUUUAAUGAUUCCUCAGAUUGUCUUUCUGUUUUUAGUUUUUAUUAACAGCGGCUCUGUGUGUUGUGUGUUUGCAGAAUAGAGCUGUGUGAAGCAGAUUUAUUUUUUAUAUGCUCUGUAGAUGUUUCCUAAUUUUAAUACGUGUACCUUUUUUUUUUUUGCCAACCCAGCAGCAGGCAGCUGCUUUAUGGUUUAAUUUAAGGAUGUUUCACUGUAGUCCUGCUAAAUAAUACACACUAACCUUUUUUUGUUAAGUGACUGCUUAAUUUCAGACCAACUUAGUCGAGCUGUUUCACCUCAUUACAGUCUGGUGUAAUCGGUUUGAAUUGUCUCUAUUUAUUAUGUGGAUGACUUGAAAGAAAUAAACACUGAAAAUGUG